GUGGUACAGAGCAAACUCGGUUGGGGCCAUUUCUCCACUGUUUGGCUCGGUUGGGACACUCAGAAAUCGCGAUAUGUAGCCCUCAAAGUUCAAAAGAGUGCUCAGCACUACAGUGAAUCUGCCAUGGAUGAGAUAACCAUCUUACAACAGGUAGCAGAAGGAGACCCAGAGGAUCAGAAAUGUGUGGUGAAGCUCUUGGAUCAUUUCAAACAUUCAGGUCCGAAUGGA